CUGUGCGGCGCUGAAGUAACAAUAGUCAUGGCGGGUACUAGUGUGUUUGCAUUAAUCCAAGCUGAAUUUGAUGCAGCUCAAAAAGGACUCAAAGAUGUUGAUGAGAACAUCAAAAGACUCACAGGCCGCAACCCCGAAGAAUUCAGAAAUCAAAAUAGACGGACGGGUGUUGGACCUCAGGCUGGGAAUCAGGAGGAGGGACAAGGCCGAGAUCGGACCGUGAGCAAAAAUGGUGCCGGACAGGGGGGUCAGCCGCCUGCAAAGAGACGGAAUUUCGGAAGCGCAUUUAGCCGGCUUGGCCCUGCUCCACAAAUCCGUGCGGAUGAAAGUGGCGAUGAAGAAGAUCUUCCUCGCAAGGGGACAGUGCAGUCAUCAGUGGUGGCAGCACCUGCGAAAGAUGCCUCGAGAACACGCAAAGAAGCCAGUGCGGAGCAGAAAGGGGACAAGCGAUGCAUGGAGCGUAACAAACGCAUGUUCGGCAUGAUCCUCGGAACAUUGCAGAAGUUUCAGAAUGAAGAGACACGCCGAAAAGAGCAAGCGCAGUCUCAGAAGAGAGCCGAAAUUGAGCAGAAGCUGGAAGAAGCGGCCGAGAAGGAGAAAGCCCAGCUCAGGAAAGAGCGCCAAGACCUGUUUGUCGCUCGCCGAGAGAAGCAGCAGAGCUUGCGGCGGUUGGAGCAGAAACUGGAGAUCGCCCGUCUGCACGAAGAGGCGGAAGCGCGUCAGCGCCUCUUGCUCAACUUCAUCCACACCAAGACAAAGCCUCACAUCAUGUACAAGCCUGCAAAGCACAACACCGAGACCCAGAAGCGACUAAAAGAGUCGCAGAAGAGAGUACUCGGAAUCAUCGAGAGCAGGAGACUGAAAGCAAAGGAAGAACUGGACGCGAUCGACGAACAGUUCCGCAGGGGAGCACCGGUGACCCAGGUUGAGGAGGAAGAGAUGGGAGAGAACGAAGCCUCCGCGGUCGUUGCCGAAGACACUGGUGACAAGGAGAACAGGGUGAAGGAGGAAGGUGUAGAGGUGAAAGAGAUGGUGACGGAACCGGUGGAGGAAGACUCGCAGAACAAUGGGCCGGCGCAAGUCAAGGAGGAGCCUAUGGAGACGGAAGUAUCAACAGAGAGCGCCACUGUCGAGACCGAGCAAGUUGCAGACGCAUCGGCAGAACCGGCCGACCCUCAGACAACUUCAGCGGACAGUACGGACGCGAAACUGUCCGUGGUUGAGGAGGACAGCAACUUGACUUCUGACCUGAAAGCAAAAGAGCAAGAGACCGAAGCGUCGCUGUUGACGCCCGUGGAGACGGUGGCCAUCGAAGCUCUGGGUGACCAAGGGUUUGAGCCCAUCUACGAUGAGUGACACGUUGCAUCCGCAACACACCAUGUGCAAGCCAUGACUUUGAAACUCUGUCACACAUUCUCUGUGCGUGGCGUCCGCUUCAAAUGACUGAGAGCGCCCUCUGUGCAAGGGGAAAGACUCGUGGCCUCGUUUUAGAUUUGGCGGCAGUUUGUUUGUUUGUUUGUGUUUCUUCAGUUUUGUGACAGGCUGUGUUGAGGCAGUGGCCUGGGUUUUCUUUCUUUCCUUCCUUGUUUUUUCCCCCCUCACAUCAGAAACGUUCUCGGCCCAUGGGAGGUUCAGAUUUUCCCAUUGCCUUCAGUCUUCAGGCCGUCGCCAAUUUUGUUUUGUAAAGAAAAGAAAGAAGCAGAUUUGGAUUAUACCAAAUUUUUUUUUUUUCUGUUUCUGGUUUAAAAGGGUCUUGGAGUGUUCAGUGGCGAUAUGGCGAACGGGAUGACUGGAGUUGCGCCAAAUUAUUCUAUUUAGAACAGUCGUACAAGAACCACAGCAUGUUGACGAGGAAGCGUGAGCCGUCGAAUCAUUAAAGUCAUCAUUCCAGUU